AUGGCUCUGAUACCAACUGUUGCCUUGUACAGGAUCGUUUUGUAUUCACCCUGCCUCCUACAUAUCUCCACAGGAAAGCAAGGGGAAGACAGAGCACAACUAGACUGGGAAACCAGGUUCCGCAUAGCCCUCGGAGUUGCAAGAGGCGUUGCUCACAUCCACUUACAGCAAGCCGGCAAACUGGUCCAUGGAAACAUAAAAUCUUCCAAUGUCUUCCUCAACAACCACAACUACGGCUGUGUUUCAGACCUUGGCCUAGCCACAAUAGUAAACCUACCCAUCCCUCCUUGGUCGCGCAUUGCCGGUUAUCACGCCCCUGAGGUGGUUGAUACUCGGAAAGCUUCACAAGCCUCGGAUGUAUACAGCUUUGGCGUCCUUGUUCUCGAACUCCUCACCGGCAAGUCUCCCAUCCAGAAAACUGGAGGAAGCGAUGAGGUGAUUCACCUGGUUCGCUGGGUUAGUUCUGUCGUCCGAGAGGAAUGGACUGCCGAGGUGUUUGAUUUACAGCUCAUGAGAUACUCUAACAUAGAGGAGGAGAUGGUUGAGCUGCUUCGAAUCGCAAUGGCGUGCGUUGCAAGGAUGCCGGAGCAGCGUCCGAAGAUGAUGGAUGUUGUAAGAAUGAUCGAGGAUGCAAAGAAGCUUGAUAGCGGAAGCCGGCCUUCAGCGGAGGAAAUGUUAGAGGAUUGA